ACUAUGAUUUUAUAUAAUAUUUACAAUUACCUAAUGAUAAUCAAUAGUAAUAUGUGUGCCACUUUGCCACUAAUUUAUUCAUUGUUUUCAUCGUCUUAAAAGUGCAUAACGUGGGAAAUUUAAAAGCAGCUUACAUUUAAUUUCAUUGUUUUAAUAUUAAAUUUUAGUUGAAAGUAAUUUUUCGAUACUUUAAUUUGUAACUAGUUAUGUGCAUUUCUGAACAGUACAAUUUAAAAUAUCAACGUAUUUACCGUGUUCGAUUGUAUUGAUUAAAUCAACUGACGCUAAGAUGUCUUCAACAGUUUCCGAACCAAACAUGCAAAAAUUGAUGGAUGAAAUUGAAAAAUUAAUUAAACGAGCAAAUCGUGACCAUGAAGACAAAAUUGAACAUCUACAAAAAGAAAACAAUGAACUUGUCUCUGAUAAGACCAACCUCACCACUAAAAUUGAGGAGUAUGAAGACAAGAUUCGAAAACUAAAACAGGAAAACAAUGAACUUGUUACUGAUAAAACCAACCUCACGACUAAAAUUGAGGAGAAAGAAGACGAGAUUCGAAAACUAAAACAGGAAAACCAUGAACUUGUUACUGAUAAAACCAACAUCACGACUAAAAUUGAGGAGGAAGAAGACGAGAUUCAAAAACUAAAACAGGAAAACAAUGAACUUGUCUCUGAUAAGACCAACCUCACCACUAAAAUUGAGGAGUAUGAAGACAAGAUUCGAAAACUACAACAGGAAAACAAUGAACUUGUUACUGAUAAAACCAACAUCACGACUAAAAUUGAGGAGGAAGAAGACGAGAUUCAAAAACUAAAACAGCCUUGUAUGUAUUCGGUAUGUGCCGAAUUUAGCAAUUUGAAAAUUUAUAACCGUAUGAGUGUGUCGCCUGUCAAGGGGGAUAAAGGUGAACAAUGCACAGUGUGGUGGUGCCCAAAGCAUUCAAAUUUUGAUACUAUUGUUAAGGAUUUUAAACCAAAUAAUGAAACAGAUCAGAAAAUAUUACAACUUGGAAAAGCUAGAAAUGCUUACUGGAAAAAAAAUGGUGAAAUUAAAUGCUGCAAAAAUGAUCGUAAAAAAAAAAAUAGUAACGAUUUUUCUCCACCAUCAAAUUGGCCUAAAUGAUCCUAAUCAAUGUGAAUAGG